CGGCUUAUUCUUCCGAAACUAGCCUCGUCUAUUGCUGUAUUGGGCAGCUAAAGAGGUGAAAUAGCACAAAUAAGAUCUAGUAAAAUACUAAGUAGUAGCAGUGCUUUCUUUACUAGAGUUAAUAGAAGAGGAGACAUCAUCAUCUGUCCUCUGAAAAUAACCUUUCCCCAACAACUUAAAACUUCUCUAUAAGUCGUAGGUUUCAUGUUCUUUCAUUAUAUACUCACCACAAAAAGUUCUCUCUUUUCUUCAUCUCACACAUCCAUUCAAACAAUGGCGAACAAAAAAUAAAACAAGUCUUUGUUACAACCAUAUCGCUACAAUAAACUUCUCUCUCCUUUUGGAGACGGUUCAUUCUGGUUCCGUCGACAAAUCACCUUCCUUAAAAACAUGUGGAAUUUAAAUGAUUCUCCCGAUCAAAUAAUGGAGGAUGAAUCGGAAGAAGGAUAUCAUUCUCCUAUUGACGAGAAAGGUAAACGGGUUGGAUCGGUGUCAAAUUCAAGUUCAUCAAUGGUACUGGUGGUUGACAAUGGUAAUUCUGAGGAAGAAGAAGGUGAAAGAGGUAAAAAGAAGAGAAGUACACCUAGUAAGAUUUUCGGGUUUUCAGUUUCCAAGGACAAUUUGUCUUCAGACAGUGAACUGCCUGUGGUAACCCGGCAGUUUUUUCCGGUGGAAAAUGAGUCAGAAAUGGGUGAUGAGUCCACGAUUUUUCCAAGGGCUCAAUGGGCUGAAAUUAAAUUUUACACAUCGGAGUCGCCACUUGGCACUGGUUCAGUGGCUAACCCUACUGAGGUGUCUCAACAACAGCCAAUUAAAAAAAGCCGCCGUGGACCACGCUCUAGGAGUUCACAAUAUCGUGGUGUUACCUUUUACCGGAGGACUGGCCGGUGGGAGUCACAUAUAUGGGAUUGUGGGAAACAAGUGUAUCUAGGUGGAUUUGAUACAGCACAUGCAGCAGCUCGUGCAUAUGAUAGGGCAGCAAUCAAGUUCCGGGGAGUGGCGGCAGACAUAAACUUUAACUUGGAGGAUUACGAAGAAGACUUAAAACAGAUGAGCAAUCUAACCAAGGAAGAAUUUGUGCAUGUACUAAGGAGACAAAGUACUGGUUUUCCAAGAGGAAGCUCCAAGUAUAGAGGAGUUACUUUGCACAAAUGUGGUAGAUGGGAAGCUAGAAUGGGACAGUUCUUAGGCAAAAAGUAUAUUUAUUUAGGACUCUUUGAUACUGAAGUUGAAGCUGCCAGGGCUUAUGAUAAAGCUGCAAUAAAGUGUAAUGGGAAGGAUGCAGUUACCAACUUUGAUCGUAGCAUUUAUGAAAAUGAACCUAAUUCGAGUGAAUGUACUGAUAAUGCAGCGGACCACAAUCUUGACUUAAGCUUAGGAGGUUCAAGCUCAAAGAAAGGUAGUCGAGAAAUGGGGGAAAAUAGGGAUCAAAAUUCAUCUUUGCAAUUGGAUGCCCGCUGGGGCCACCAAGGGUCAAGGCCUAAUAAGCUACCUAGCCAAAUGGGUUUUGAUGGCCAAAGAAGAGAAGGAUAUAAUGAGACUGAAACCUUGCAGCUUUCAGACCUAACGCACCUAAAUUCGCUUGGCACAUUACAACCAAAUAUUAAUGAAGUGCAAAGGUUUGGCCAAUAUGGUGAAGCACAUAUGGUUCAAGUGUAUCCCCGGCAGUUCAGCUCAUAUCAAACGCCAAGCAGCAGCAAUGAAGGCCAAAUUAGGGCAACAAGUAAUUCUCAAGAAUGGCACCCAAAUUUUCGUCUUCCUCGUCAUCAGAUAUUUGCAACUGCUGCAGCAUCAUCAGGAUUCUCCCAGCAGAUAACAAGACCACAAAAUUGGUCUCAAAAUACUGGCUUCCAUCAUACUUUUAUGAGACCUUCUUGACCAUUAAUUACUUUCUUCAUGUUGUUUUAUAAUAUUUGUACAGAGAAAUUUAUGUUGAGAUUCUUAAUACUCUCAAAAGAUAAUUAAACAAACAGAUUAUUGGUAGUAUAUGUUGACCAGGUUCCUGAUUGGAACCAGAAAAAUAGGAUGGAAAGAAGCUAUUUUGGAAAUUCCUAUUAUUUGGAAAAUUAAAAGCUAGCUGCUGCUUCUUCUUCUU